AGGAUCAAGUCCCAUUAUGUUCAAUGGCGUAGUAAAAAGGUGCCCCUUAUUUAAAGUGGAAAUAUCAAGGAUUUGUUUUAGGGAUUUAUUUUAUUCUAUUUUUUCUGAAUAAUUUCAAGGUGGAAUCCGUGGAUGCAGAAUCCGUGGAUAUGGAGGGCCGGCUGUACAGUCUAAGCAAAGCCUUGAAAGGCAUCCUGCGGCUGGGAGGACCUCUGGAAAGGGCUGUGCAUGCCAGAUCAUGUCUACAAUAUCCAGCAGUAUUCCUUAGAAUGGCUGCCCCCAAUCCAGAUGAGCUGAAGAGCCUCCGGGAAGAUUUCCAGAAAAAGAAUCAAACCUGUUUUAUACUGGGUGCCUCUGGUGAAACUGGGAAAAUACUACUGGCUGAGAUUUUGAGACAGCACUUGUUCUCUAGAGUGACACUCAUUGGACGUCGGAAGCUGGAUUUGGAAGGGCAGCCUUAUGCCAAUGUGUCCCAAGAGGUUGUAGAUUUUGAGAAACUGGAUGAAUCGGCUGCUGCCUUCCAAGGCCACGAUGUGGGCUUCUGCUGCCUGGGGACAACCAGAGCCAAAUCUGGAGCGGAUGGAUUUGUGCGGGUUGAUCGGGACUAUGUUGAGCACUCUGCAAAGCUAGCCAAAGCCGGUGGCUGCCGCCACUUUGUUCUGCAGUCAAGCAAGGGGGCCGAUAGCUCCAGCAGCUUCCUCUACCUCAGAGUUAAGGGUGAAGUUGAAGCCCGGGUCCAAGCAAUUGGCUUUGACCGUUGUUCCAUAUUUAGGCCAGCGGUGCUUCUGGGUGAUCGACAAGAAUCUCGGCCUGGUGAGUGGAUGACCAAGAAAAUUCUGGGAGCGUAUGCGUGUAUUUCUCCCACAACUAUGACGGUUCCCACAGUGACAGUGGCCCAAGCCAUGGUCAACAAUGUGGUCAUGCCAGGAAAGGAUGGGCAGAAGGUGGAGAUAUUGGAAAAUGCAGCCAUACAUGCACUUGGAAAGACAAAAUAAUUUGGGGAACUGCUUCCCAGGAAACACAUUUGUGAAAGGUGCCUUAUCAACUCCAAAUCCUAAUCGUUGCUAUUUUUAUUUUUCCUGGAGGAUAUUCCUGAAGCAAUGAGAUCUUUUCUUGAAACUAGGCAUCUCUUUCACCAUAGUAACAAACCCCAUACUUCGUCAGGAUACAGUCAUCCCUCCACAUUUGCAGUUUUGACUUUUCCAAAUUUGAUUUUAAAAAUGUUCUUGACAGUUCUUUUGGUGUUACUCUACUUCCUUCGCUCAUGCUGUGGGGCUGGAGAUUUUUAGAGAAAACACCUUGCUGGUGGCGGUGGCGGUGAAAACAAAAUGAAAACUUAUUUGCAUUGAGAGAAAACACCUCACUGGGAAUCUUUAGGUUCUCCAAUGUGACUUGGUGGCCAGGUUCCAGUGGAAGUUGAACAUUGAGUCAUACUUGGAGACCUAGAGAUUCCUACAAAGGGGUUUUCUCAGGUGGAAAAAAUGGUGAUUUCUUGGUCUGCAGUUUUUCACUUUCAUCGGGGUCCUGUGGAGGGAUGACUGUUGUGUUUCUUGGUGCCACUACAACAAAUGCUCAACUCCAGGUGGCUAUGUAGUGGUCCUUUGAAAAAAUUUCAGGGAUACUCAUCACUAGGAGAAGAAGCAUGUGCUGCUUAUUGAGCAGUUCUUCUGUGCAUUGACCAAUGUAAUUUGUAUGAGUUUCUUCUACCAUAGUGUUUUGGUGCUUAAUGGAUCAAGUUACUUGCUGCCUGUUCAUGAAUGUAACUCAAAUGAGACAAGUGUUGACAUGACUAGUUUAUUAUGUUUAAAGAAUGUGGGAGUGUUCAAAGUGCCCAAGCUUGAAUGUUUAAGCCUCCUGAAACGAUCUCUUGGGCUAAAUAUUGCAUCUUAGUAAGUGUCCUCUGUUGACAAAGGAAGCAUUUGAAAACCAAAAAGUUCUGCAUUGUUUACCCUUCCGAAGGUCAGGUAGAUGAUCUGGCUCUUAAUUUCACAACUACAUCUCCUUGUACCAAAGUCAAUUAUCGACUACUAUAAAUGGCUCCAAAGGGAAAAUUGUCUGAAAUAAUGGACCAUUACAGAAUGUCUUUGUGUGGAAAUGAAUAAGGGAAGUUUAUCUUGAUAUCUUUAUGCUUUUUUUCCAGGGACGUAAAAUUUGAAUUGGGAUCUUAUUUAUUUACAGAUGAUUUGAAACUCACAAUUUAGUUCUCUGCUCCACCGUUGCCUUAUCCUGAGGGUAAGAGAGGUAGCUUAGUUCAAACUCUGGAAUGGCACUAGUUCAACCAAAGGACUGGAAAUACUAUCACAGUUCACCCAGGUCCGUCUGCACUGCAGGUUCAUUAGAGCUGCCUCAUAUUUUUGUACAGUUAUAAACUGUCAACAAGUUCUUACAAAAAUCAAAACAUGGGAUAGUCUCCUAACACAAUGAAGGGAAAAAUAAGGAGGACCUCCUACCUAGUUCUGACCAUUAUAUCAUGCCCUCUAUCAGUCCUUUGCUGAUAGAAAGGCAAAGUUCUGCAGCAGAAGGUCAGUUGUGCUUCCAACCGGGAAAAUGGAGCAAGUAAAGAUGACUCGCACUUCCCCAUUCUUUCUUCAUAUGAUUUACUGUAAAUGAAGAGGAGAACUUCUGUUCAUACUCUUGUCUUUGCAACAUUUGCACGGAUAGCUUUUGCUAGGUGUGCUGUCAUUGGAAAGUCUGUGCUAGCAUCCAGAUAGAGAAAGUAUUUUGUGAGAAGUGGCACAUAAAUUGUGAAAACAGGGUUUCAAGAGUGAUUGUAUUGGAAAAUCUAUCUAGUUUGCAGUAAACAUUUGCAGUUUAAAAAAAUGAAUUUUCCAGUUUCAUCAAGUAGUGGAAAAUGGGGUAAUACUGGAUAAUUUGGUGUUUAAAAUUAAUAACUGACAUUUUCCUUCCAGGGGAGGGCAGGGUAUGCAAUUUGGAUAUGAAACAUGAAUUUUUAAGUAACCUGAAUGCAAUUUGUGCUUUAAUAUAUUUCCUGUACGUUAAUGUUUAUAACAUGAUUCUUACUGACUGGAUGUCUUCUUGUGUGGAGCAUGGCAAAUCCACAUUAAUAAUAAUAAUAAUAAUAAUUUUAUUUUUCUAUCCCGUCUCCAUCUCGGAGCAGCUCACAUAGGGAUAAGCCCAACAACACAAGUUAAAACACAGAACAUAACAUUAGUACAUUAUGGUUUGCUGUGAACCGCACUUUGUUUCUUCAUUUCUAGUCUAUUUUUUUUCCUGCCAUGGCUUUAAAAAUGCAGAAUUCAUGAAAGACACCGAUAAACUAUAGUUUAUAAUUGUGUUGUAAACAUUUGGGGUUUGUUUACAGCAAUGGUUCUCAACCUGUGGGUCCCCAGGUGUUUUGGCCUACAAUUACUAGAAAUCCCAGCCGGUUUGCCAGCUGUUAGGAUUUCCAGGAGUUGAAGGCCAAACCAUCUGGGGACCCAUAGGUUGAGGACUGCUGGUUUACAGGGAUCUUUUCAGAAACAACAAGCCAAAAUUGAACAAUCUAUAAUACUCUAGAGCAUCCCAUUGUGCCCAAACCUGGCCUUUGAAAACCAAAGCAAAUGAAUGUUAAAGGAUGUGCAUGCUGCUAAUAGAAUUAUAGCUUGUGUGAAAUUCUAAACUUGCUUUAUUGGAUUGUGUUUGUUUGAAUUCGGGAACAUCUCCUUUGAUUCAGAUAUAACAACAGUUUUGUUAUUUGGUGCUAUUUCUUAAGCUUUAAAUAUAUGUCAUUCUGGUUUGUAUACUUAAUAAAAUGUUUUGACAUGCAA